GAAUUUGCCAACAUGGAUGUAUCGAGUUCUUCAACUAUGUUAGAAAACGACCAAGAGAAUGAUCAUUCUGAUAUUUUAUACGAACUUCUUAUUUUUGCAGAAUGGCAACAGGAUCCAGAAGUAUUGGGUAAAGCUGGACAAGAUAAGAAUGAAGACAAGCAGAUCAGAGGUUUAUGGAGCUGGAUAGGUUCAUGGACAAAGUCUCCAAUCAUGCCUGCUACUCUAGAGAAUUUGAAUAGCCACCAAAUGGCAUGGCAGUUUGCUGUGGGAGGGGAAGGUCGAAUGUUAGCUAUUUUACAAGACCAGUCAAUUGAAAUCAGAUCUUCAAGAGACGAAUAUGGAACUGUUAUCCGUCGUUGUAUAGUCCCCAAAGAUCAGUGUCCUCAUUGGAGGAAGUUGUUGUGGUCUCCUGAUUGUACUAUGUUGGCUUUUGCUCAAAGCAAUGGUGUGGUGGAAAUAUUUGACUGUUUGGGGAGUAGUUUGUUCACGCUACAGCAGAAUAACUCAAUGACAGGUCAGAACUUGAAUGAGGCUGUAGCUGGGAUGGCAUUUAUAGAUUCCAGGACUCGAAACACGAAAUGUUUUUUUUUCAUGUUUCUCAACCAUUCUUUUCAUUAUACUUGGAGGAUGUUUCUGAAAACUCUGGAGUCAA